UAUCAGCUGUGCGUCAAAAAAUCAAAUUUCAAGCAAUUUUUUGGCUUAUUUUGCAUUUUUCAUCUAAAUUUUCUACAAAAUUUUGUAUUCACAGCAAUCAAUACACUCAAGCACAUUGAAAAAACAUAAAAACCCAAUAAAAAUCGUAAAAUUUGACGCUGAAACAAGAAAAUAAAGUUCAGCACAGGACUCAAGGAAAGCUGAAAAACAAACAUUAAUGCCUUAAUUUUAUCAAUAAUCAACAAAAAAUCAGGAAAAAUAUGGAUUACGGCAAUUAUGAGGAUGGCGAGAUUGUUGAACAACAACAACAACGGAAAACCGGGAAACAGAAUAACGUCUUGCCAUUCUGGGGAAACGAGAGUACAAUGAAUUUGAACCCUCUUAUUUUAACGAAUAUUCAAGGGUCGAGUUAUUUUAAAGUCAAUUUGUUCAAACUGAAGACGUAUCAUGAAGUUGUUGAUGAAAUUUAUUACCAAGUCAAGCACUUGGAGCCUUGGGAGCGCGGAUCUCGCAAAACGGGCCAAACGGGAAUGUGUGGCGGGGUUCGCGGCGUUGGUGCCGGCGGAAUUGUCUCGAGUGCGUAUUGCUUGCUCUACAAGCUCUACACGCUCAAACUGACACGAAAACAGGUGAAUGGACUUAUGAAUCACACAGAUUCGCCCUACAUUCGUGGAUUAGGUUUUAUGUACAUCCGUUACACGCAACCGCCGGGCGAUUUGUUCGAUUGGUAUGCGGAUUAUUUGCAGGAUGACGAGGAAAUUGACGUAAAAGCAGGCGGCGGGCAGCUAAUGACAAUCGGACAAAUGUUACGCUUGUUCAUGACGAAACUCGAUUGGUUUUCGACACUUUUUCCGCGGAUUCCGGUGCCGAUUCAGAAACAAAUUGAACAGCGGAUGAACGAAUAUGCGCGAGAGAAUGGCUUGAACUUUAACACGGAUGGACCGAGUAACAGAGGAGCGCCUCGUGAGGAAAUUGAUCGAUAUGCGGAGAACGGAAGGGAACGCGGAAGAAAUAAUUAUCAAGCACAAAGCAAUGAACGGUACGGAUCGAGUAGCGGAUCGUACAAAAGUCGCGAUGAACCGCGGGAUGAUCGACGAGAAAGAAGAGAUCGUUACGACGACAGGAGAGACCGUGAUCGCGACAGAUACCGCGAAGAACGACGAAGACGUGAAUAUGACGAUGAACGUCCCGUGCGUUACGAGUCGGAGGAAAGGAAAAAGAGAUCUCAUUCGCCUGACGAACGUCGACAUCGCGAUAAAUAUGAGAAAGAUGAACGCAGCAGUUACCGAGACGCGGAAGAGAAACAUUCCCGACAUCGUUCGAAGGAAAAGAAAAAGCACAAGAAGAAACAUAAGCAUCAUAGUCGUAGUCGAAGCAGAAGUCAUGAGCGAUCGGAGAAGAAAUAUCGAUGAAAAUCACAAGAAAUGCGCAAACUCUUGUACUUUGUUUGAUAAAAAU